UUGCACUAACGAAGCACAUUUUAACACGAUCUCUCAAAUUAUUUGUUUCAUUUUCUCUUCUCUUCACUUCUCUCCCUUCGCAAAAUUCAUCAGAUUUGAUAAUUAGCAUUUCAAUCGCCAUUGUUGAUCUUCGAUUAGCUUUCUCUCUCCGGUGAAAAUCAAAUUCUUUUGAAUUUUUUCGACCCUUCGAUCUGGUAACAAUGGCGGCGGCGGCAAGUGCGCCGAUCGUAAUGAAAGAAGUUCUUACGUUGCCAAGCAUUGGAAUUAAUCAACAAUUCAUCACAUUUAACAAUGUGACAAUGGAAUCAGAGAAGUAUAUAUGUGUGCGGGAAACAUCUCCGCAGAACAGUGUUGUCAUUGUUGAUAUGAGCAUGCCGAUGCAACCGUUACGAAGGCCAAUUACCGCGGAUUCUGCUCUCAUGAAUCCGAAUACUAGAAUUCUUGCUUUGAAAGCUCUACUUCCAGGUACCACCCAGGACCACUUACAGAUAUUUAACAUUGAAACAAAAACAAAGGUGAAAUCACACCAGAUGCCCGAGCAGGUUGUCUUUUGGAAGUGGGUUUCUCCAAAAAUGCUUGGACUUGUGACACAGACGUCAGUUUAUCAUUGGUCAAUUGAAGGGGAAUCUCUACCUGUAAAAAUGUUUGAAAGGACGGCUAAUUUGGCAAACAAUCAAAUAAUUAACUAUAAAUGUGACCCAGCUGAAAAAUGGUUGGUCUUGAUUGGUAUUGCCCCUGGUUCUCCUGAGAGACCUCAACUUGUGAAAGGAAGUAUGCAGCUUUAUUCUGUGGAUCAGCAGCGCAGUCAAGCCCUUGAAGCGCAUGCGGCAUCAUUUGCCUCAUAUAAAGUCCCUGGCAAUGAAAACCCUUCUACUCUUAUCGUGUUUGCUACGAAGUCCAUGAAUGCUGGCCAGGUUACUUCAAAGUUGCAUAUUAUAGAGCUUGGUGCACAGCCAGGAAAGCCAGGUUUUUCAAAGAAACAAGCUGACUUGUUCUUCCCUCCUGAUUUUGCUGAUGAUUUCCCAGUCGCAAUGCAGAUGUCCCAAAAGUAUAGUUUAAUCUAUGUUAUUACCAAGCUUGGGCUGCUAUUUGUGUACGACCUUGAGACUGCCAGUGCUGUUUAUCGGAAUCGAAUAAGUCCAGAUCCAAUUUUUUUGACAUCAGAAGCCGCAUCAGCUGGAGGCUUCUAUGCCAUCAACAGAAGGGGGCAGGUUCUUCUUGCCACUGUCAAUGAAGCUACUAUAGUUCCGUUUGUCAGCGGCCAGUUGAACAAUUUGGAGCUUGCUGUUAAUCUUGCCAAAAGGGGUAAUCUCCCUGGUGCAGAAAAUCUGGUUGUCCAGCGCUUCCAAGAAUUGUUCGCUCAAACAAAGUACAAGGAAGCUGCUGAGCUUGCUGCUGAAUCCCCGCAAGGAAUUCUGCGUACCCCUGACACUGUUGCAAAAUUUCAGAGUGUUCCUGUUCAAUCAGGGCAGACGCCACCUCUGUUGCAAUACUUCGGGACACUUUUAACUAGAGGAAAGCUCAAUGCAUUUGAAUCGUUAGAAUUAUCACGCCUUGUUGUGAAUCAGAACAAGAAAAAUCUACUGGAGAAUUGGCUAGCAGAGGACAAAUUAGAAUGCACGGAGGAACUUGGAGAUCUAGUGAAGACUGUUGACACUGACCUUGCCUUGAAGAUAUAUAUUAAAGCUAGAGCGACCCCAAAGGUCGUUGCUGCCUUUGCCGAGCGCAGGGAGUUUGAUAAAAUUCUCAUCUAUUCUAAGCAGGUCGGUUAUACACCAGAUUACUUGUUCCUUCUCCAAACUAUUCUCCGAACAGAUCCUCAGGGUGCUGUCAAUUUUGCGUUGAUGAUGUCCCAAAUGGAGGGAGGGUGUCCUGUUGAUUAUAACACAGUAACUGAUCUUUUUCUUCAGAGGAACUUGAUUCGUGAAGCAACUGCAUUUCUGCUGGAUGUUUUAAAGCCAAAUUUGCCUGAACAUGGCUUUUUGCAAACAAAGGUUUUGGAAAUAAAUCUUGUUACCUUUCCUAAUGUGGCUGAUGCCAUUUUAGCCAAUGGAAUGUUCACUCAUUAUGACCGUUCUAGAGUUGCUCAGCUUUGUGAGAAAGCUGGUUUAUACAUACAAGCUCUUCGGCAUUAUACUGAUUUACCUGAUAUAAAACGUGUUAUCGUGAACACACAUGCAAUAGAGCCACAGGCACUUGUUGAGUUUUUUGGGACUCUUUCCCGCGAGUGGGCAUUGGAGUGCAUGAAGGACCUUUUACUUGUCAAUCUCAGGGGCAACCUUCAGAUUAUUGUGCAGGCUGCUAAGGAGUAUUGUGAGCAGUUAGGAGUAGAUUCAUGCAUGAAACUCUUCGAGCAAUUUAAAUCAUACGAAGGGCUAUAUUUUUUCCUUGGAUCUUAUUUGAGCUCCAGUGAGGAUCCAGAGAUUCACUUUAAAUACAUCGAAGCAGCUGCCAAAACCGGACAGUUGAAAGAAGUGGAACGAGUGACUAGAGAGUCGAACUUUUAUGAUGCUGAGAAGACGAAAAAUUUCUUGAUGGAAGCCAAACUUCCUGAUGCACGACCGCUGAUUAAUGUCUGUGAUCGAUUUGGUUUUGUUCCAGAUCUCACGCACUAUCUAUAUGUAAACAACAUGCUUCGUUAUAUUGAAGGUUAUGUUCAGAAGGUUAAUCCGGGAAAUGCACCACUAGUUGUUGGGCAGCUUCUUGAUGAUGAAUGUCCUGAAGAUUUUAUCAAGGGUCUGAUACUCUCUGUUCGCUCUCUUCUUCCAGUAGAGCCACUUGUGGAGGAAUGUGAAAAGAGGAAUCGACUUCGCUUGCUCACUCAAUUUCUCGAGCAUCUUGUUAGUGAAGGAAGCCAAGAUGUGCAUGUGCACAAUGCUCUGGGUAAAAUUAUCAUCGAGAGUAACAAUAAUCCAGAGCACUUCCUCACAACCAACCCAUACUAUGAUUCACGUGUCGUGGGUAAAUAUUGUGAGAAGCGCGACCCCACCCUUGCGGUAGUUGCUUAUCGGCGAGGACAAUGUGAUGACGAGCUUAUCAAUGUCACAAACAAGAAUUCGUUGUUCAAGCUACAAGCGAGAUAUGUUGUUGAAAGAAUGGAUGGUGAUCUUUGGGAGAAAGUUCUCAAUCCUGAGAACGAGUAUAGGAGGCAGAUCAUUGAUCAAGUUGUGUCCACUGCCUUGCCUGAAAGCAAGAGUCCUGAACAAGUUUCUGCUGCGGUUAAAGCUUUUAUGACAGCUGAUCUCCCACAUGAAUUGAUUGAACUUCUUGAAAAGAUUGUCCUACAGAACUCUGCUUUCAGUGGAAACUCGAAUCUGCAAAAUCUCCUCAUUUUGACAGCCAUUAAAGCAGAUUCAUCGAGAGUUAUGGAUUAUGUCAACAGGCUGGAUAACUUCGACGGACCAGCAGUUGGAGAAGUGGCUGUUGAGGCUCAACUCUAUGAAGAGGCAUUUGCAAUUUUCAAGAAAUUUAAUCUGAACGUGCAGGCGGUUAAUGUGCUAUUAGAUAACAUUCAAGCCAUUGACCGAGCUGUGGAAUUUGCUUUCCGGGUUGAAGAAGAUGCUGUCUGGAGCCAAGUUGCAAAGGCUCAGUUGAGAGCAGGGUUGGUUAGUGAUGCAAUAGAGUCAUUUAUACGUGCUGAGGAUUCCACUCAAUUUUUGGAUGUGAUCCGUGCUUCUGAAGAUGCAGAUGUUUACCAUGACUUGGUGAAGUAUCUUCUUAUGGUUAGGCAGCAAACAAAAGAGCCUAGGGUGGAUAGUGAACUCAUAUAUGCUUAUGCCAAGAUUGAUAGGUUGAGUGACAUUGAGGAAUUUAUACUCAUGCCAAAUGUUGCCAACCUCCAAAAUGUUGGUGAUCGCUUAUUUGAUGAAGCUUUAUAUGAAGCUGCAAAGAUUAUAUAUGCUUUUAUAUCUAACUGGGCGAAGUUAGCCGUUACCCUAGUGAGGCUCAAGCAAUUCCAAAGUGCUGUUGAUGCGGCACGGAAAGCCAACAGUGCAAAGACUUGGAAGGAAGUUUGUUUUGCAUGUGUUGAUGCUGAAGAGUUCAGAUUAGCUCAGAUUUGUGGUCUCAACAUCAUUAUACAGGUGGAUGACAUGGAGGAGGUCAGUCAGUAUUACCAGAACAGGGGUUGUUUCAAUGAGAUAAUCUCUUUGAUGGAAAGUGGUUUGGGAUUGGAACGUGCACACAUGGGCAUCUUUACUGAACUGGGAGUACUUUAUGCUAGAUAUCGCUCUGAGAAGCUUAUGGAGCACAUUAAGCUGUUCUCUACUCGUCUAAACAUUCCCAAGGUUAUCAGAGCAUGCGAUGAACAGCAGCACUGGAAAGAACUUACAUAUUUGUAUAUCCAGUAUGAUGAGUUUGAUAAUGCUGCUGUAACUGUAAUGAAUCACUCUCCCGAGGCCUGGGAUCACAUGCAGUUCAAAGAUGUUGUGGCUAAAGUGGCCAACGUAGAACUCUACUAUAAAGCUGUGCACUUCUAUCUACAGGAGCAUCCUGAUCUAAUUAAUGAUAUGCUUAAUGUGCUGGCACUUCGUCUUGACCAUACACGCGUGGUUGAUAUAAUGCGAAAGGCGGGUAACCUGCAUCUCGUGAAGCCAUACAUGAUUGCAGUCCAGAGCAAUAAUGUCUCUGCUGUAAAUGAGGCCCUGAAUGAAAUAUAUGCCGAGGAGGAAGAUUAUGAUAGACUGCGAGAGUCGAUUGAUUUACAUGAUAACUUUGAUCAGAUAGGACUUGCACAAAAGAUUGAGAAACAUGAGCUUCUUGAGAUGAGACGUGUUGCUGCUUAUAUCUAUAAGAAGGCAGGCAGAUGGAAGCAGUCUAUUGCACUGUCUAAGAAAGAUAAACAUUACAAAGACGCGAUGGAAACAUGUUCACAAUCUGGUGAUCGUGAACUGGCAGAGGAGUUGUUGGUUUAUUUCAUACAGGAGGGGAAGAAGGAAUGCUUUGCCGCGUGCCUUUUUGUUUGUUAUGACGUGAUACGGCCAGAUGUUGCCCUUGAGCUUGCCUGGAUGAAUAAUAUGAUUGAUUUUGCCUUCCCAUACUUAUUACAGUUUAUCCGCGAGUACACGGGCAAAGUUGAUGAACUUAUUAAGGACAAAAUUGAAGCCCAGAAGGAAGUAAAAGCUAAAGAGCAGGACGAGAAGGACGUAAUUGCUCAACAGAAUAUGUAUGCUCAGUUGCUGCCUCUGGCUUUGCCUGCUCCUCCAAUGCCGGGUUCUGUACCAAUGGGAGGAAUGGGAGGUUAUGGACCUCCUCCCCCAAUGGGAGGAAUGGGAGGUAUGGGAAUGCCUCCAAUGCCAGCUUAUGGAAUGCCACCUAUGGGAAGCUACUAGUCUGCAUAGUCCAUGGAACUUGUUCUAACCUGCGCUUCACAUCAAGCUGUUGAGCUGCAGUUUGAAAUUUUGGUGUGCUAAUUAUUCUGGUGGAUGCUUCUACACCUUAUGUGCCAUACUCAAAUUGGACAAUGAAUGGUCAAUCUGAGAAUAAUGUUGAAUUUUUUGCAUUCUUUGAUGUGAUAUAUGGUUGAUGUACAUUUCUGUAUCUUCAUUCUUUAGACAUGACUUGAACUUAUUCUUUUUCGGCUGCUGCUUCUUGUAAGCCGGCUGAAGUCCGUUUUGAGUUGCAAACUUGUUUUUGAACGCUCAUACUUUAAUUUCCUCUAAUUUUCCAGGUCUAUUGAUUGUUUAGUUCCA